CGCCAUUUUUGCCAAGGAAAAACAUGGCAGAGGGUAUGAACAGUGCUAGUACAAACAAUUGAUAUUUUCAUAACGUUUCGGACAGGCAAAGACUUAACUAGUUAUACAAUAUGCUGAUCAACGUGUCCAAGGCGGAACAAAAAGCGGGAAUGUUACUCGCAGACCCUUCUGCCGAGUCUGCUGUGUUCCCACGAGUGUCAACAGCGUAUGAAAACCAUUCCGAAAGGUUCUUGCUGAAAGAAAAGAACUUCACCAGACAAUUUGCUCAUUUAUACGCCGAGAGGUUGAGUACACUCAGAACACAGCUUGAACAAACAGCAUUAAGAAAAUGGGGUAAGGACACACCAAUUAAACAACUUUAUCAACUCCAAGCUGAUGAGAAGGUCGCUGUCAUAGGAACGCUCUUCAAACACAUGGAACUAAGACCAAGUAUACUCAAAGAGAUCAGUGAGGAGAAUGCCAUGCUACCUCAGCCAGCUCGUAGUAGAUAUACUGAUGACAAAGAUGAGUUGAUCCUUGAGGAUGAGUUACAAAGGAUACAGUUAAAGGGCUCUAUUGAUGUCCAGACCAUGGUCACAGGUAUAGUCAUAGCAGUGUAUGGCGUGGAACCUGAUGAAGAUCGAGGAAAGUUUCUAGUGGAAGACUAUUGUUUCCUUGACAUGGCUAGUUCUGUACCAAGGCCUGUGGUGGAACAUCCUGUGUAUGUUGCGAUGGUAUCAGGGUUGGACAUUGGUGGCAAGUCCAGCAAUUUGCUGAGUGUCCAGAUGUUAGUGGACGUACUGACCGGUCAGUUGGGGGAUGAGGGAGAACAGGAGACUUGUGCCAGUAUCAGCAGACUAAUUAUAGCUGGAAAUUCUCUCAGUCAGGAAACGCAAGACAAGGAACAAGUAAAACAAGCAAAAUAUCUGACCAAGAAAACAACUGCUGGUAGUGUUGAUGCUGUAAAAAGCCUAGAUGACAUUCUGGUGCAAUUAGCAUGCUCCAUGAGCAUUGACAUUAUGCCAGGGGAAUUUGAUCCGGCUAACCACAUCCUACCACAACAACCACUACAUCGCUGUAUGUUCCCCCAGGCGGCCAUGUUUCCAUCUACACACUGCGUCACCAACCCAUAUGAUUGCACCAUAGAAGGAAUAAGAUUCCUCGGCACAUCUGGUCAGAAUGUUACGGACAUCCAUCGCUACAGCACUCUGGAUGACCACUUGCAGAUAAUGGAGAAUUGUUUGACCUGGGGUCACCUGGCCCCCACUGCUCCGGACACAUUAGGUUGUUACCCCUAUUAUUCUAAUGACCCCUUCAUCAUAACGCAAAGCCCUCAUGUUUACUUCACCGGAAAUAUGCCCAAGUUUGAUACCAAGGUUGUCAAAGGUCCAGCAGGACAGGAAAUCACCCUGGUUACAAUCCCUCGUUUUAGCACCACAAACACCUGCGUCCUUUUAAAUCUCCGAACAUUGGAGUGUCAGCCAAUCAAAUUUGAAGCCUCGUUUCCAACAGCCAGUCAAGAAAGCCCCGAUGUUGACAAAUGAAUGUCCAAGCCAUAGCAGAAUUUCAUGGAAAAAAGGUCAUGGUUGUUAACAGUACAAGGUCAACGCUACAUUUAGGUCCAUUGUCAAGGUUGAAUGUAGCCGUUCAUCAGAAAAGCUGUGCUGUUGUUGAAGUGUUUUGGCAAACAGGGAUGGAAUCCUGUAUGGUCUUCUAGAAUUUCUAUCAAAAACUCUUCUAUAUACUACAAGAUAACAAAUGAAUGGUAGAAAAUGAAAGGAGUUCAUGAUAUUAAAGGUGUUUGUACUGGUCAUUUUGAAGAUUGGAAAUGAACAAGAAAUGAAAAAGAUCUGUAAUGGCUUCACCCUAAAGAAGAUAUGUACCAGAAAGCUAAAUUAUGUAAAUGAUGAAUUGAAUGAAUCGAUAUAUUCACUUUCUUCUAGUUAUUUACUAACAUUUUAGUGAUAAUGAUCAGUUACUUUGGAACAAAUUAUACAUGAAAUACUGUUUCACUCUUGUCACAAGACUAGCAACAGACUGACUGUUGUUUCAUAAAUAUUUUGUUCCUAUUUAAGUGAUUAUUAUCACUAAAACAUUAAUAAACAGAACUCUUUGGAACCAGGAAACAUGUAACGUAUAAUGACUUAUACUUGAUUUAUUGGUUCCGUUUUAUUAUUAUUAUUAUUAUUAUUAUUAUUAUUUUUAUUAUUAUUAUUAUUAUUUUUAUUUUUAUUAUUAUUUUAAUGUUAUGUAUGCUCAUCUCUACAGCCAAAGCACACCACUGCAGGUUCUGCAAAGGAUAUGAAGAUGUAAAUUUAUUGGGUGGGUAGAGAGGUGUCGGAUUAUUGAUAAAAAUGUAGAAAUAUCUUGUUACUUUUGUAAGAUUUUGCACCAGUAUGUUAUUUUACAAUCCUAAUGUAUGUUAGAACUUAAUGUAAUGUUGCAGUGCACAAGGGAUAUAUAUAUAUAUAUAGUUAUUACCACUUCUGCCAGGAAUAUUUUUGUUAGUUUGUCUGAUAGCAAAAGUAUGCAAACAGUAACAGACAGUUUUUGACGAAAUUUUCAGGAUAAGUCAGAAAUUGGCAGACAUAAAUGUGAUUACAUUUUGAUGAUGACCCUUUAAUUGUUUAAUUAAUUAAUGGUAAAUUAUUAGUCAAUUAUUUGUCUUGGUUGAGGUCUCCACUCUUUUAAUGCCUUUCUAGUUAUUACCAAUCUUAUUACAACGCUUUCAGCGAGUCGAUGUUACAUGGCUUUCUCACCCUGACAGACAUAAAAACCAAAUCAACUGUAUUACGGACAGAGUGCAGCCUGCACGACUAGACACUUUGGAAAAUUGGCUAUACAUUUGUUCUACAUUGCUCUGUUUAUUCAUUCACAUUUAUGCUCGUCUUCUGCUUCUGGUGACGAUAAUAGCCCAUUAUUGCCGCCAAAUCCUCUGGGAAUUGGUUGGGUUCGGGCAAUUCGCGUUUAUGUAUGGACUCAUUAAUCUAUGCGGUAGAGAUCGAGGUAGAUAAAAAAUGUACUUAUAUUGACUGGUUAUAAGACUGAGAAUGUUGUGCAGAUGCUGAAUACUGAUAAUACGUAAUUCUUCUGGUUUUCUCGCCCGAGAUGAGAAACUGUUGCUAUGUCAACUAAUACAGAAUCGACGCAGUUGUUUCCCGAUGUUAAAAGAUGGGAUCUCUUCCUUGGACUGUAACAUUUCUCCACUGUUAGUGAUAUAUUACAAUGAGCAACUCGAAGAAAGAUUGAAGCAUAUGUGCAAAAUCUCUGAUAGAGGGCACGUGCGUCUGCACGAGGGCGGGUUUAAUAAAA